GGUAGGCCAUUUGCUGCAGCGAAGACGAACUAUGGAUAAAAAUGUAAAACUUUUAUUUUUUAUGUUUUAUUUCAUAAGUAAAAACAAUCUCCCUGGACUAUGUGACUCAGCAGUACUUAUGGAAAACAUUCAAAUUUCAUGCAAGAAUUUAAAAUUAAAUGGAAAGUAUGUUUAUAACAUUGGAGCACGCUGGCUCAAACAUGAACUACAGCAGGAGGAAUGGAGAAAUGAACAGACAGAGAACGAAGGUCGUGGACAGGCGUUGGUCUCGCAAGGCACGGACGUUGUUUUCCAGCGUGAAGCACAUCUCAGGAAGCGGCCUAAUAUUCUGGCCUAUAUUGACCAUGGACAGAACACCGUGAAAAAACAUGAACUGGUCACCAAGGUGACCACUGGAUACCUUGAAACCACAGACUGUAUGAAUAUAACAUACCACGCUCAUGACACUGAAAAAAAGGAGAUAGUGGUCAACUUCAUUGUCUCAGGUUCUCAGCCUGAAAUUAAUGGGAGCAAACUGGUUUCUUCUGAGCAUGAUGUCACCUCUCAGACAUCCUGGAUUAUUUUAGGUAUCAUAACUGGCACUAUUGUACUUCUCAUAGUUAUUGGGCUGGUUGUGUGGAAAAUGGGGGCCUUCACACAGUGUCGCAGGAAUCAUCAGGAAGGGCAGGAGCAAGAGGUCAAAAUAGAAAUGGACCAGGACCAGAGCCUGGACCAAGAAGAUGAGGCUGAGUCCAUGCUGUAAGGACAUGAAGCUGGAAGCUGUGGUGGACAUGAGCAGCCUGGCAUCACCCGUAUUAUUCUCUAUCUUCAAAAAAGUAAAAUAGGAAAAAACUUUUAAAAUAGCAAUAUAGACAAGCUCAAGUCCUCCAAAAAGAGGGGAGUACAAUAAAUAAACAUUAAGUAAAACAUAACAAGUAUAUCACAAAAAAAUGACAUAUAAUCUAUUAUAUAAUAUCUGAUUAAAUGAAAUACAC